AUGGGAAAGGCACGAGCAUCAUUAUCAGCUAAUAAAUUCCGUUCUGGCUGAAAACUUUAACAGUCCCUUGGCGUGUGUUGUUGUCAUGCCCACAGUUUUCUUUGCAAAAACCACUUCUUAGCCAUCUCCUUCGUUCCGCUUCUUUCGCCCAUUCUUCCGAACCCUAACCCUAAUCCUAAUCCAACUAAGAAUCCGUUCGUAACUUAUUCUGAUUUUGCGUAUCUUGAUCGGGUUCCGGAAUGGAACCUCAUACGAUCCCCGAUUACUGGAUCGAUGACGCCGGAGGUGGAUCGGACUGUGAGCUGCGCUGUGCCCUCGAGAGCUUCUGCGAUGUCGCGCCACUGGCUGCUGAAUCUGGUUUUAAGGAGGUGCACGGUAACGGUUGCGGUCGAGAGCAGAUCGGGUCUAUGAAAAGAGUAAGAGAUGAGGCAUGCUGUGGUUCCAAGUCUAAAGCAUGUCGUGAGAAAAUGCGCCGGGACAGAUUAAAUGAUAGGUUUUUGGAAUUGAGUUCUGUCCUUGAUCCGGGCAGACCAUCAAAAACAGAUAAGGCAAGUAUUUUAAGUGAUGCAGUUCGUGUAUUGGCACAAUUAAAGGGUGAAGCUGAGCAGCUUGAAGAGGCAAAUGAGAAGCUUCAGGAGACCAUCAAACAACUAAAGGUUGAGAAGAACGAGCUUCGAGAAGAAAAGUUGGGGUUGAAGUUGGACAAAGAGAAAUUGGAACAGCAGUUAAAGGUGACAAGUAUUCCUCCGGCAGGAUUUAUGCCACCAUCAAUUGCACUACCUCCUGCUGCCAGCCCUGCUAUUUUGGCUGCUCAUGGUCAAGCACCUGCACAAAAGGCCCUUCCCUUCAAUACAUUUCCUAGUUUGGCCAUGUGGCAAUGGCUACCUCCUGCUUUUCUCGACACAACCCAAGAUCCAAAGCUUUGGCCUCCACAUGCUUAGCCUCUUGAAUGAUCUACUACAACUAAUCUUCUCAGCUUUGUUAUCUGAUUCUAAAUUCUUUUCUUGCUUAUUUAUGUGAUAAAUCUUAUAGCGAUUCAGUUUAUGCAUUUCAACUGGCAUCUGUUAUGAGCCCACCUGUAAGAUACAUUCGGAUCAGAUAUAUAUACCAUUUAUUGUAUACGAAUGAUCCGUCUCUUCCUUUCAUGUCCCCUUCUAUUUCAUGCUUACCAAUAUUUUUUUUCUUCACGCAAAAUGGCAUGGGGUUUAGGA